AUGAGUGGCAUGGAAGUUGCUGGCUUGAUUCUUGGUGCUGUGCCCAUAAUGGUCGCCGCUCUCGGGCACUACAAAACUAAUCACAAGAAGUCAUGGUCAUUCAGAUACAAAGCUUCUCGCAUAGAUCAAUUGAUUAUUGCAUUGGAGAACCAAAAGUUCUUUCUGGAAGGAGACCUUGAGCUUGCAUUGCUGGAAGCUGGUUUUGAACGAUAUGAUAUCGUUUCUAUGGACACCAGCAACUUGCAAGGGCUGCUCUGUAGAAGUGAUGUAGCUGAAGAGCUCAGCCGAUCUCUUGGUCGAGGCUUUGGCCCGUACAAAGACACACUUGGUAGAUGCGAGGCGUCUCUGACUAAGAUUGUGCAAGAGAUGAAAGGUCUUGUGCCUGGUCCACAGUCUGGCAGUCUCAAAGAGCUGCUCAAAGCGAACUCAUUAAGCGCCAAUGGAAAGUACGAAUUCAGAAGUCGAAUUAAAUUCGUUCUCAAGGAUGAUGAGCUCAAGCAAAGAGUCAACGACCUCGGAGAAACCACAGACAUCCUGACAAAGCUGAGACACUUGGGUACAUCGCUAAAUCAUCACGAGAUUCUCUCUGAACAGAGAAUUGUCGGAAAGUUCGCAGUUUUCUUGCAGCGAGUUCAACGACACGCAGACGUUCUCUACUCGGCGAUGUCUCAGAGACUAAUAUCUGGAUGCCACCAUGAGCACGAGACUAGAUUAUAUCUGGAGAAUCGCUCGGACGCGUGGCACAAGCGACGAGUGUCUAUCCAUUUUGACUUGAUCCUCGGAUCACCAGCUGUACUCGCAGGUAGUAACAUGCUGUCCCAGGAACUCCAGGUCGCGGUCCUUGAUAAUGAGAUCUAUGAAUUGACUACACCACAGGCGCGAAAGCAGCCCCAAGUUAUGUUCGACUUGCCCCAGCCAUCCGAGUCUCGUGAGCCUUUGAUGGAGGAGGUAAAAGAUCUCUGUUCGUCAUUGGACCAGGCGCGACAAGCUAGCAAAACCCUCAAACUAUAUUUAUCGCAACAUGGCACUCUAUCCGGCUGUCACACGUCUCCGGCCCCUGCAAGGGGGAUUCACUCUGAAUGCCGCACUCAAGAGCUCGUUACCCUAGAGCAAUUUCUUCUUCAGACGCCAAACAAUAGACCCAUAUCCUUGAAGUGGAGUCCAAUUCAGCGGAUGAGGCUGUCGUUUAUUUUGGCCUCGUCACUUCUGCAAUUAUGCUCAACGCCAUGGAUGGCUAAGCCUUGGACGAAACAGACUAUCUGUUUUUGGCGCCUCAGACCAUCGCCAAAUGCUGAUGAAGCCGCUUUUCUUGUCGAUACGAGUCAUCCAUUUCUCGUCCACAAAUUCAACGUGGCUGCAGCAGCUUGUCCAACCCACAAAUCAAGCGCGAGACAGCAGCUAUUGAAUUUAGGCAUAGUACUCCUGGAGAUCGGACAUGAGAAAUCUUUCGAGUCCUGGGCAUCAGCCCAUGGCUUCACUCUGGAUACGGCGUAUGGCAGUCGGUACGAUGCCGCAUCAGCGUGGCUACGCGACUCUGCGGGCGACUUGCUGUGUUCCUACUACGAUGCCGCAGCCCGGUGUAUCGAGUGCACAUUCCAGACACGGCCCAAGUAUCCUGUCCCAGACUGGGAAGAUUCCGACUUCAGGAAAUCUAUUUGCGAAUUGGUCAUCAAACCUUUAUGGAGUAUCUGCUCUGGGAGGGCGAUGUAG